CCGAGUCCUUACGUCACUGAAGCGCCCAGGCUCGGGGAGCUGCUGGUAGUGCUGGCGAGAGAGGGAGGAAAGAAACAAGUAGUGGAAAAGAAGAUUUUUCUCCGUUUAACGGAUUUAUAACUUAUAACGGCGCGUGCGGGAGGAGAGGAACGGGUUUGGGCUGCUGUGUGAACCGGAUGAACCGGAUCUGUGAGAAGGUCAACUUCUAACUGGAUGAAGCCAGACUUAAUGGAUUACUCUUGAUGAUAUGACCCUGACUGACCCCUAUGCAGAGCACAGCCUAGUCAUCGUGUUUACUCUUUCAGACCAGAAGUUUCGACCAUGAGACAUUUAUUCCUGUCAUUCAGUUAAACCAUUCAGAGUCACCAGCAGACAACACCCUUCAGGACUGAGGAUUACUUAAACCAUCCUUAGUCAUAUUUACCCAGAAUUCAUCAGCCCGAAUCACACCAACCAAAAAGCCACCAUGUACGGCAGCGCCCGCUCAGUGGGCAAAGUGGAGGGCAACCACAGUGGAGGAAGCAACCAAAGCCCUGGGCGCUCGCCCCGCCUGCCCCGCUCACCACAGCUAGGCCAUCGCCGCACUAGCAGCACAGGGGGCAGCGGGGGUCCCGGCGGGAAAACCCUCUCUAUGGAAAACAUUCAGUCACUGAACGCUGCCUACGCCACAUCCGGCCCCAUGUAUCUGAGCGACAACGAAGUGGUGUCCUCUGGGCCGGACCUGCCCAAGAGCACCAUGACGCUCGGCCGCUCGGGGGGCCGGCUGCCCUACGGCGUCCGCACCACUGUGAUGGGCAGCAGCCCCAACAUCGCCACCGGUUCCCCCGGCUCUAUGGCCAGCGACUCCAUCGCUUUCGGGGACCACCACAUGCCGUCGAGCAUGGCGUCCACUGUGCCUCACUCGCUGCGGCAGGCCCGCGACAACACCAUCAUGGACCUGCAGGCGCAGCUGAAGGAGGUGCUGCGGGAGAACGAGCUCCUGCGCAAGGAGGUAGAUGUUAAGGAGAGCAAGCUCAGCUCCUCCAUGAACUCAAUCAAGACCUUCUGGAGCCCUGAGUUAAAGAAGGAGCGUGCACUUCGCAAGGAUGAGGUCUCCAAGAUUGCUGUGUGGAAGGAGCAGUACCGAGUGGUGCAGGAUGAGAUGCAGCACCUCCAGAUGACCAUCCAAGCCUUACAGGACGAGCUGCGUAUCCAGCGUGACCUGAACCAGCUGUUCCAGCAGGACUGCAGCGUGCGGCCGGGCGAGCCGUUCUCCGCCGAGCUCACAGAGGAGAACUUCCAGAGGCUUCACAGUGAGCACGAGCGGCAGGCCAAGGAGCUCUUCCUCCUGAGGAAGACUCUGGAGGAGAUGGAGCUGCGCAUCGACACGCAGAAGCAGACGCUCGGCGCCCGAGACGAGUCCAUCAAGAAGCUUCUGGAGAUGCUGCAGAGCAAAGGGCUAUCGGCCAAAGCCAGCGAGGAGGACCACGAGCGCACCCGCCGCCUGGCUGAGGCCGAAAUGCACAUUCACCACCUGGAGAGCCUGCUGGAUCAGAGGGACAAGGAGAUGUGUGGACUGAGGGAGGACCUCCACAGACGCUUUGAGGGAGCGCCGGAGUCUGCCAAAACCAAAGCCCUGCAGACUGUUAUUGAGAUGAAGGACUCUAAGAUCAGUUCUCUGGAGCGUAGUCUGAGGGAUAUGGAGGAGGAAGUGCAGAUGCUGAAGUCGAAUGGAGCUUUGAGCACGGAGGAGAGGGAGGAGGAGAUGAAGCAGAUGGAGGUCUAUCGCAGCCACUCGAAGUUCAUGAAGAAUAAGGUAGAGCAGCUGAAGGAGGAGCUGGCUCACAGUGAAGCCCAGGGCGAGGAGCUGAGAAAGCGAGCGGCUGAGCUGCAGCAGGAGGUCUCUGCAAUUGAUCAGGUGAAGCAGGACCUCUCCAGGAAGGACUCGGAGCUCCUGGGCCUGCAGACCAAGCUGGAGACUCUCACCAAUCAGUUCUCAGACAGCAAGCAGCACAUCGAAGUCCUUAAAGAGUCCCUAACUGCCAAAGAACAGCGAGCUGCCAUUCUACAGACAGAGGUGGAUGCGCUGCGUCUGCGUCUGGAGGAGAAGGAGACGAUGCUGAAUAAGAAGACUAAACAGAUUCAGGAGACGUCUGAAGAGAAAGGCACACUUAAUGGAGAAAUCCACGAUCUGAAAGACAUGCUCGACGUCAAGGAGCGCAAGGUCACCGUGCUUCAGAAAAAGAUUGAGAACUUGCAGGAGCAGUUGAGAGAUAAGGAAAAGCAGAUGAGCAGUUUGAAGGAGAGAGUCAAAUCCCUGCAGGCCGACACCUCCAACACUGACACAGCUCUCACCACCCUGGAGGAGGCUCUGGCUGAGAAGGAGCGCAUUAUCGAGCGUCUGAAGGAGCAGAGAGACAGAGACGAGAGGGAGAAGGGCGAGGAGCUGGAAAACAACAAGAAGGAACUGAAGGAGCUGAAAGAGAAAAUCAGCCUGCUGCAGGGAGACCUGUCGGAUCGUGAGACGACGGUGUUGGAUCUGAAAGAGCACGCCUCCUCUCUGGCCUCCUCUGGCUUGAAGAAGGACUCCAAGCUCAAGAGCCUUGAGAUUAAUCUGGAGCAGAAGAAGGAAGAGUGCAUUAAACUGGAGAAUCAGCUGAAGAAGCACACUGAGCACAUGUCAGGCCAUCCCUCCAAUCGUGCUCAGACAGCAGCUGUAGAGGCUCAGGCCAACACGGAGCUGUCAGAGCGCAUCAGUGCGCUCCAGCAGGAGGUGGCACGCCAUAAAGAGGAUGCCACGAAGGCCCAGGCCGAGGUGGACCGUCUGCUGGAGAUCCUCAGAGAGAUGGAGAACGAGAAAAACGACAAGGACCGCAAGAUCAAUGAGCUUGAGAGCUUGGCUUCAAGGCAGAUGAAGGACCAGACCAAGAAAGUGGCCUCACUGAAACACAAAGAGCAAGUAGAGAAGAGCAAGAACGCCCAGCUAAUGGAGGAGGCGCGCAAGCGGGAGGAUAACAUCAAUGAAAGCUCUCAGCAGGUCAAGGACUCUCUGAAGCAGAAGGACGAGCGUAUCGAGGAACUGGAGGAGGCGCUGCGCGAGAGCGUUCAGAUCACAGCGGAGAGAGAGAUGGUGCUCGCGCAGGAAGAAGCUGCACGCACACAUGCUGAAAAACAGAUGGAGGAGCUUCUAUCAGCGAUGGAGAAGGUGAAGCAGGAGCUGGAGUCCAUGAAGGCCAAGCUUUCGUCCACUCAGCAGUCCCUGGCUGAGAAAGAGGCCCACCUGACCACACUGAGAGCCGAGCGCAGGAAGCACCUGGAGGAGGUCCUGGAGAUGAAGCAGGAAGCUCUACUAGCAGCCAUCAGUGAGAAGGAUGCCAACAUCGCUCUGCUGGAGCUGUCCUCCUCCAAAAAGAAGAAGACUCAGGAUGAAGUGUCGCUCUUAAAGAGAGAGAAAGACAGACUGGUGCAGCAGCUCAAACAGCAGACGCAGAACAGGAUGAAGCUAAUGGCCGAUAAUUACGAGGAUGACCAUCUGAAGGCCUCCUCGCAUUCAGACCAGACUAAUCACAAACCAUCUCCAGAUCAGAUCAUUCCCCCUCUCAUAGACCUCAAUCAGAACCGCAGUAAGUUGAAGUUGUACAUCGGCCACCUGACGGCCCUCUGCCACGAGAGAGACCCCCACAUCCUGCAGGACCUAGCCCCGCCCUCCGCCUACCACCGCAGCCAACAAGAUGCCUGGGAAGAGGAGCUGCAGAAGAUGAGUCUUGAGCAGCUGGAGUCGGAACUGGAGCAGUGCGAGAGGGAGAGCGCCGAGCUUCAGGAAUAUGCCAACUCGGUCCUGCAGCAGAUCGCAGACCACUGCCCUGACAUCCUGGAGCAGGUGGUGAACGCUCUGGAGGAGUCCUGCUGACCGCAGCGGAGCCCCCUGCUUCCCUGACCAGCUUCUCUAAAAUAAAAUAAAAUAAUCUAAAACACCUCCUCGCCAAAGCCAGACCGGCCUCCUCUCACAGGCUUUCUCUUCAGCUCCCCACCUCCUCGUUCAAGAAGCUCAAGGACACCACCCGUGCACAUCCACACACCUUCUAACAGCCCACAGGAAGGAGCGGCGUGUAAACGAGCAGAGCAUCCGCUCGCAGGAGAGCGGAGGACUGCUGAAUUGCCCUCUCGGGGGUCAGAAUCAGCAUCAGCACCUGGACUGGAGCUCUGUUCCUCACCACCCACUCACUCUCUUCAUCAAGCUGCUGGUUUAUCUGAAACGUGUUUACAGCUCAUUUACACACAGAAAACACCUGGAGGAAGAGGCUUAGACAAACAGGAUUAGGUGCAGUAUUAAAAAGCCCAUUAACUUGCAGUAUAUUAAAAUAAAAAAUAGAUAAAUUAAUAAAUAAAAUAAAAUAAAAAUAAAAUGUUCUCCUAAACCUCAAAACGUUCUUCUCUCUGGGCUCAGCCAGCCUCGUAAAUCUGCACAUAUGGUAGAGAGCUUCACGUCAUCCACAUCAUCUUGUUUCCUCUUUUUUUUUCCUUCAUUUCUUUUGUUACACUUAUUGAUAUCACUCUUUAUUCUUUAUUUUAUUUUUUUUGUAAUCAUUUAUGGUGGGGAAUCUUCUUUAUCUAUCUUUAAUCGUUAUCACUUAAAGCCUUCUUUAGGAAAUAUUCUUUUUCUUCUUUUAUUUUUUAUUUUUAUUUUUUUUUUAUUAUUUUUUUUAGUAGAUGACCCUUAUAAUCUAAUGGCUUUUCUCACAUCUAUUCACUGAAGCUCAGCAAGUUACAGGUUAUUUUUUAUUUUUUAAAACACUUCAGGUCACACAGUUUAGUCUAGAAUUCUCUCACACUCCCUUUUUUCUGUCCUCUUUUUCACUAUAUUAUAUAUUACACAGAAGGGAUGAUACAGUGGAUACUGUUCACAUUGUUUGUCUGUAUUGUUGAUAAGAUAUAAUUUUGUGUGUCUACAAGAGCAGAGGAGAAAUGAUUGGAUGAUUUUUGAGCUGCCGUUGGUUCUGUAGCCUUUAUGCUGCUAGUGUUCGUCUUUGCCGUGGUUUGGUCGAGGUUUGAGAGUAGCUUUAAUGUUGGAAAGGCUUGAAAAUGACUGUUAGCGUCUCACAAAGGCUCACUUUAGUGUAAGAGUGCAGAGUUUGCUCACGAUUACUAAUCAAAUGACAGGAUUUGUUGGUUUUCUAAGUGAAGAUAGUAAGAGAUCAAUGUGCUUAAUUUAACAUAUUUAAAGGAAAUCAAAUUUAAUUGAGACACGGAGCAGAUGCCUUUAUUCUUAUAUAUAUAUAUAUUUUUUUUUUAUAUAUAUAUUUAUGUUUUCUGCUUUUUUUUCCUCAAUAUGUUCAGUUAUUUCAAUAUAAAACACACACAUAUCCCAGAUAAGUGUCAUGGAAAACAUAAGCUAGCAUUGUGUACCAUGACUUUUGCCAUGUCAAAAAAAAAAAAUAAUUCUGUCCACUCACUGUGCUGUCCACUGUGGGUAGUAAUGCUUUCUAGGAAUUCCUACCCAACAUCAGGCCAGCCUUGCCAUGAGCAUGCUGACCACUGUGUUCAGCUUUACUUUUAACAAGAUAACACCUCACACCUUAUAUAGGUGUGGGCAUUCCCAGGCUUUCCACCGUGGUGGUCACUAGUACUAACACUCUCAAAGAAAUUCAAUAAAAAUCAUUGAAAAUUGUUACUUUAUUUCAGUAAUUCAGUUUAAAAUGUGAAACUUGGUGAUAUUGUUGAUGUUGUUGUUAUUAAUUAUGGCUUACAGCCAAUGAAAACCCAAAAAUCAGUGUCUCAGAAAAUUAGAAUAUUAUAUAUAAGACCAAUUGGUCAAAUUAUUUUUGGCAGUGUGGGCAGUGUGCCAAGUCCUGCUGAAAAAUGAAAUCCACAUCUCCGUGUAAGAUUUUCCAGGGAAAUACUGCAUUUUCACAGCACUUCACACUUUCCUCUGCUGUCAACUUUUAUCGAGGUGGUUUGGAUUUCAUUUUCCAGCAGGACUUGGCACAAUCUGUCCACACUGCAAAAAGUACCAAUUGGUCUUUUGUUAUAAUAUUCAGAUUUUCUGGGGGGUUUUUUUAUUGUUCAUCAACAAUAAAAUAAAUAAACGCUUAAAAUAGAUCACUAUUUGUGUUUAUUACAUCUAUAUAAUAUAUGAGAUGAGUUUCACAUUUUGAACUGAAUUACUAAAAUAAAGUAACUUUUCAAUUAUAUCAAAAUUUUUUGAGAUGCAAUAGUACACUUAAUUGCAUGAUAGAAUAGAAGGGUUUCUCUAUUUUCACUUAGAAAAUCAACCAUAUUUUGAGCAGUGGUGCCCAAACUCUUGGUAAAUUAUGUUCAUGUUCCAAACCAAGACAUCUCACUAAGAAAAAAUGGGUUGGCAGAGUGUUUUAUCAUUUUUUAUUUUUUUAUUUUUUGUUCGUUUUCUUUGUUGUCUUUCUUUGUUGUUGUUUUUCAGAAGUCUCCAGCAAAGCAACUCUUAUAUUAAAGCGUUUAAGCAACGUAUCGGUUCCUCUCAGCUUAAUUUAGAUCAUCUAUCACUGAGAUUAUUCCUAUUUUCCUAUUUUCUUUCUCUCUCUCACUCACUCAAACUCUCUCUCUCUCUCUGUUAAACUCACUCUCAGGCCCUUAAGUUACCACACGGAUCACAUUUUAUGACUAUAUGAGGCUCUAUCUGCAGGCCGAGUGUGUCCAUCCUGUUGAGCUCUGGCUGUUUUAAGUGUGAUAAGACCUAACCUUGUUCAGCUUGUAAUAAAUAUUGCCUCAUGACAUGCCUGGUUCUGCAGUUGCUUUUAAAGUCCAACAGUUGGGUUGCUUGAUUGCUUGCGGAUGACACUAGGCGUAGCCUGCCCUCUGCUCUCUCUCUCUCUCUUUCUCUCUCUCUCUAUCUUUGUCUCUUUCUCUCUAUUCUUCCUUCUUACUAUCUUUAGGAUCUUCUUACAUCUUCUUGCAACUCAUUUUGGACUGUGAUAUUCUUAAGUUCAUAAAUUCAUAAGUAUAGCUGAGCUGAUUCAAAGCCUUUCUUCUGUGAAAAGCUGAGAAUAUGUUAUCUUUACAAGUGUCUUUCUUUAUUUCUUUAUUUCUAUCUAUUACAUGCACAAAUUUAAGUAAAUUCAUAGCAAUCCCAACAGAUUUGACAAGCUAUUUGCUACAUACAACUUAAAAAAUGAGUUUCUUUGAUUAUACCAAAUUAAAAACCUCUGAACUGCUUGAAUUUUUAAACCAGGAUUAAAAAAGGCAUAAAGUUAUCCAAAAGCAGUGUGUAAGACUGGUGGAGGAGAGAACAUGAUGCCUAGAUGCAUUAAAAAACUGUGAUUAAAAACCACCAGGAUUAUUCCACCAAAUAUUGGUUUCUGAACUCGUCAAACUCUUUAUUAAUAUGAACUUUAUAUUAAUAUGAAUGUUUUUUUUUCUAUAAACUACGGACAGCAUUUCUCCUAAAUGCGUUUAUUUGCAGAAAAUGAAAAAUGGCUGAAAUAACAAAAAAAGGUGCAGAGCUUUCAGACCUCAAAUAAAUGCAUUUAGGAGAAAUGCUGUCCGUAGUUUAUAGAAAAAAAAAAAACAAUGUACAUUUUACUCAAACAUAAACCUAUAAAUAGCAAAAUCUGAGAAACCGAAGUGUUUUUUUAGAGUUGUAUCUCCAUACACUCUUAAAUAGAGGUGCUUCAGAUGAUCCUUUAACCAAUUCCAUCCAUAGAAGCGCCAAUUAUCUAUUUAAAACAGAAUCUCUUGGUGCCAGUUGUUUGGUUUACCCACCACUUUGACACAUUUUGACCUCAUUGAGUCAUAGAAAGCUCCACAGCGUUGGACAUUGACAGUGAAUGAGUCAUGUUACGCAGUACACCGACUGUGUUUGAUGAUCCAAAGGGCAGUAAGAUCCACAAUUGGUGCCAAUGUUUAUUGGCGUGGUGUGUGGUGCCUCAAUGGCCAUAGUCCCUCGGUCUUUAUGCUGGUGGUAUCAGAGGGCACGCCCAUUCGCGUGCCAUUCUCACCCUUGGCACCGGAGAUGUUAUUACAGGGACUACACAGCAUGUCCAUAAAUGAUUUUAUUACUUUCAUUGACUUUUAUUGUCAUAAUUACUCCUGGUGGGGUUCCUUAAGCGAAAAAGAAAAACAUGCCUAGUCUGCCCUUAGAAACACUGAUGUUAAGCUAAGUGUGUACUGUAUCUAUUAGCCUGUCUCUUCUACAUACUUUUUUUGAGCUGCUGUUGGUUCUGUAGGCUUUGCCGUGGUCUGAUCGAGGUUUAUGUCAGGUUUGAGUUCAGCUCUAAUGGUGAAGAGGCUCGAAAAUGACUGUCAAUGUCUCACAAAGGCUCACUUCACUAGAGUGCGUUGUCUUUAUAUCAGUAUGAAACACAGUGUCAAUGUCAAAAAAAACACUGUCCACUGUGAGUGGUAAUGCUUUCUAGGAAUUCCAACCCAACACCAGGCCAGCCUUGCCAUGAGCAUGCUGACCACUGUGUUCUGCUUUACUCGUAACAAGAUAACACCUCACAACGGAUAUAAGUGUGGGCAUUCCCAAGCCGUCCACCGUGGUCACUAGUACUAAUACUAUCUCUACUCUGCUAUAAAGAGUUUAUAAAGGAGUUUAUUAAUGGUUAUUAACUAGGUUGUAAAGCUAUUAAUUAGCAGUUAAAAUACAUCAAUAGAAAGAACAAUUAACACGUCUAAUAAAAUAGUAUAGAAAGUCAGUUUAAUAUAAUUUUUAGUUUAAUAAAAUAUUAGUUUACACCACAUAAUUAUCACUGGAUAAAUCUUAAAUCUGGGUAGUUAAAUUAAUACAUGUAACAUAUGUGUUAGAGCUGACUGAUGGGAAAGACAAAUAUGAACAGUAUAAAUUAUUGUGAAAUCAAUAUUUGGCAAAUGACAGGCCACUGUUACCCUUUCUACCUAUUUGUUGUAGCUUGCCAUCAGCUGCCGGAGCCCCGAGAGAGCAUGGAGAGAACUGGCUUUGCUCUCUAUCUGUUUUGGUACAGUAGAUGCUGUUCUUUCCCCUCAUCACCCCUCCUAGGGUGAUGUGGAUCAGCACAAGGCUGCAUCUGUGAGCUGGUGUAUCAGAACCAAGUCGCUGCGCUUUCCUCCGAACGUUAGCACUGUGAUGCUACUUGGCAAUGCUACAGCAUCAGCAGCAGUUGGAAAAGAGGCGGAGUCUAAAUUCACAUGUAUUGGAGGAGGCAUGUGAUAGUCUUCAACCUCCUUGUGUUAGGGCAUUACUAGUCCUAAUGAUUGUAUGGACAAUUCUAGCCAGAAGCUGCCAGUCACGAUCAUUACUGCCUGUUGUGCUGUACACUGUGGGUGGUAAUACACUACGGAUUGAGCUGAGCUAAUUCAUACUGUAUCUAGCAGCCUUCCUCUCUUUCCUCUCUGUCCUCAUUGUCCUCACUGUCCUCGCCGUCUCCUCCACACACUCUAGUACACACAGUCCUCUCAGGUUUCUGAAAUAUGGGGCUCAGUUAUCAAGGCUCUGCCUGAAUAUCCGAACUUAGACUAAACACAGGCCUCUCACACACAUGCUCACUCUUGCACGUGCGCACACACACACACACUUACACACACACUCACACACCCUUAGGAUUUAUGAUGUGCACUUUAGGAGCCAGGCUCCUUGCCUCUGUUCGACUCCUCCGAAUGCCUCUGAGAAUUCCCAAACAAGACAAAAAAAAUGCAGUGAUAACCAGAACCAGAUCAGAAAGAGAGAGAGAGAGAGGGAAUAUUACUCCGGGUGUCUGUGUGCAUGUGUGUGUCCAUCAAUCCUCAUGUCAGAGGCAGUGAUUCUCCACGUCUUUCUUGCUCUGGUAUUUGUGUGAUUGCUGGUUAUGGGCAGAGCUAAUCACACAGGGGAACAGAGCCGUGUGGAAAUUCCCCGCAGGCUUCGGAUGACUCGCUCUGUGGGGAGUCUCCUGAGGAGCGAACGUCCUCUCCUGGCUCCUCUCUCAGCAAUGUCCCCAAAACAAACCUUCUCUUCCUGCAGUCGAGCUGUAAUAAAGGGCGCUUUUCAGGUUUUAGACCACUGUGGUGUCAUCAGUUGGGAUCUUUUAUUUAAUUUUUUUUUUGGUAUCGUUCGUUCUGUUCUUGCACAUUUUUUUUUAAAUAAUGUUAUUUCUAAUUGUUAUCCCAUAUUCUCCCAGUUUACCCACUCAUUAGGACUCCCCCUAUCACUAUUGGUGCCCCAACACCAGGAGGGUGAAAACUAGCACAUGCCUCCUCCGACACAUGUGAAGUCAGACCCCACCUCUUUUUAAACAUUUUACCAAGUAGCAUCACAGUGCUAACGCUCGGAGGAAAUCGCAGCGACUCGGUUCUGAUACAUCAGCUCACAGACGCAGCCUUGUGCUGAUCCACAUUACCCUAGAAGUGAUGAGGGGAAAAAGUGCCCACCAUCUACACACCAAGAAAGAGAGCAUGGCCAAUUGUGCUGUCUCAGAGCUCCGGCAGCUGAUGGCAAGCUGCAUGAACAGGAUUCGAACCGGCGAUCUCCUGAUCAUAGUGGCUUUAACUCUUUAGUGCGCUGCACCACUCAGAGCCCCAUUGAUGCAACUGGGAAAUUGAUUAUUGGAAAACAAGCAUAUCCAUUUAGGUCGAUUUUUACUUAAAUACAUAAUUUGAACCUUAUGAACCUGAUCCUGAUUUUUUGAUAAAUGGACUUUAAAAAAAAAAAAAUUAUAAUAAUUUUAUCACAGUUUUAAUGCAUCUUGGCAUCAUGUUCUCCUCCACCAGUCUUACACACUGCUUUUGGAUAACUUUAUACCACUCCUGGUGCAAGAAUUCAAGCAGUUUAAAAGGUCUUAUCUUUCUGCAAAGUUUCCAGAAUGCAUAUUUUUCAUUGGACAACCACAAUAUUCCCUGUCCGUAAGUUCUGCUUAUUGAAGUUAAGUCCUGUCUUCUUGUGUGAAUAAGUGUAAUAAGUAAUUCUUCAUAUUUCAGUCUGGAGGUUUAUUAUUGUGAGUAAUCUCAAUUGUCAGCUUUGUCAGUGGAUUGAUGGAGGAGUAGAUUCUGUUUGUUUUAUAUCACUCUGCCAACCUCUUUGUUUUUUUAUUCACACAUCACAUGUUUGGGUACAUUUUCUUUAUCUAUGAUGGAGGAAUGCUUUGGGCUGUUUGGGUCGAGGAUCAUCAGAUUAUGAACACUUUAUUCCUGACUUUUAACCCUUAAACUUAGAUGGAAGUGUGUGCAUUUAUAUAUGUAUGUAUGGGUUCCUUAAAGGAGAACUCUGGUGUAAAAUUGACUUUUGGUGUAGUGAAAGAGUAAAACAUGAUAAAGAGGACUGACCUUUGUUGAAUAGCCAACCUCCCUUCUCCCACAGCUUUCCGAGAUCUAGCUAUUUUGUGCAGUUUGUCCAAACAGGCUAGAAUGGGUUUGAAUGGGGCAUAUUUUGCACCGGGAGAUAAAUCGUGUUUUAUACCGUUAUCCAGUUUAAAGUAGCUCAACACGUCUUUGGUAGAAUUCAGAGAGCCCUGACAUUUAAAACGAGGCAUUAAUAACUAUAAAAGUGCACAAGAAGCUUUUAUUAAAAAACACUGUUUAUGAAAGCUACAUCUCCAGGCGCUAAUGCUACGGGUUGUAGAAAGUGUUUUUUAAUACUCUUCUUAACUUGUGCACUUUUAAAGUUAUUAAUGCCUCGUUUUAUAUCCUCUGAGACUCGGACAUCUGCUUGGUUUGCAUUUUGAAAUUAUCCAUGCCAUCUGGGAUCAGAAGGACCGAGUUAUUCCAAAAAUAAAUAGCUUUCUAUACAUAAACAUAAUAAGUUUCAAACAAAAAAAUUCAACGAGAACUUUUACCUGGACUGGCUGUAGAAACUUUUGACUGGGAUUCCCACCAUCUUGAUUUCAAUCAAUUGAGCAUUAUGUUGUCAUGUAACCUCUAGAUGGUUCUGUAGUGCCUCCAUAUGAAGCCAAAGGCUCAACUUAAAAAAAAAUAAAAGAAGAAGAAAGUAUUAUGGUGCAGGGAAGCAGAGAUAUGAUGUCCACAUAUGAGGACAUAUGAGGUUCUUAAGAGGAUAUGUCAGGGCUCUCUGGAUUCUCUACCAAUGAGAUGUGUAGCUACUUUAAACCUGGAUAACUGUGUAAAACAAAAAAGCAAUUUUAUCUUCAGGGGCAAAAUAUCCCCCAUUAAAACCCAUUCUAAAGCAUGUUUGGACGAACUGCACUAAAUUACUGGAUCUCAGAAAGCUGCAGGAGAGCGGAGGUGUGCUAUUUAACAAUGUUAGGUACUCUUUAUCAUGUUUUACUACACCAAAAGUCAAUUUUAUACCUUUUACAGUCUCCUUUAAUAGAUGACACCCAUCUUCUUGACCCCUGUGUCCGUGCUCUGGGCUGGAGGUCAGCUCCAGCCUCGCCUUUGUGCAGCCUUUGAUUUAUUUGGUAUUGCCUUCCUUCUGAGUGAGGAUUAGAGGAGCUUUUGGACAGCUGUGAGAAAAAACACUGCCAGAAAAAUCUUCGCCUGGACAUGUUUCAAGUACACACACUCGCAUUUACACAUAUCUGUAUUUAUAUAUAUAUAUAUCAGUUGAUAGAUGGAGAUAAAUGUGGUUGAACUGGAUGCGUCUCCAUGUUUUUGCACAGUGGUGUCUGAGAGGGAGGGGAAAUGUCUAUCUGAACAAAAUGGCCGCCUGACGUCUACUUUACUACUUUACUGCUUUACUUUAAGAAGUGAAGAAGAAAUAAGCGAAACUCACAUUAACGCGCCUGUCUCACGUGUCUCACGUGUCUCUGAAAUCAUCUUUUUAAGUGUCAAAUCAGAAGCUGUUAACACAAAGAUUCCUGAGAUCUGUUUUCCGUGUGAUGAUGUUGAUUCUGAUGUACUGUUGCUGUAUGUACUCCAACCAAGACUUUUGGAUUCUGACUUUUUUCGUACAUCUAUAGGUUUCUUUUCUCUAUUUUCUCUAUUUUUUAUUUUAUUUGUAAUUUUUUUGCAGCCUGUUGAUGAUGCAUUGUGUGUAUGUGUAUGUUACAUGUGUGUGUGUGACUCAGAGAUUGCGAUGUGGAGAACUUCAGCUUGUUUUUUCUUUUCUAUAAGCGAAAAAUGUGCAAAAUCUUGACAAAAUCUCAAGUUUUAUAGGGGUUCACAAGCGACCCUCCAUGACUGUGCGCUCCUCAAUUACUCACAAUGAUUCUGAGGCUUAGGCCCAAACCUAUUUUACCCCUUUGCCCUAUUACUUACCCCUACUCCGAUUCUUGUUAGGAUGGAGGGGUAGAUUAGAGGGGAGGGAUAGGGCUUGUUAGCCUUUUAAACAAAAAAGAGAUUUUCGGAGAAUCACUGGUAAGAAACUCAGAAAAGUAACUUUUUCUCUUGUUAAAAGUGAGGAUUAGCACUAUAUCACCAUAGUUUAAUCUGUAGUUUCAAUGAUUUAUACGCAAAUUCUUCAUAACAAGCUUAAAAAAAGAUCGCUAGUACUAUGUCUCAGUAGCUAGCUCGCUAACUAACUGUCCCGUUCCACCUUAAAUGGUGCAACAGUAGCCAGAGGCUGCAGAAUUUAAGGUGGAAUGGAGAAACUAAAAACUAUUAACUAAAAUAAAAACUAAUCAGAGCUAAUUUUAGCUCUUCUUCCACAGAGAAAUUAAGAAAUGGAGAAUAAUAAUUAAAUAAUUAAAGGAGAACUCCUUUUGUUAAAAAAAUGACUUUUUUGCUGUAGUAAAAUAUGAUUUAAAAAAAGUACUUGUCUUUGAUGAAUAGCACGCCUCCGUUCUUCCACAGCUUUUAGAGAUCCAGAAAUUUUAACAGUUUCUCCAAACAGGCUAGAAUGGGUUUGAAUGGGGUAUAUUUUGCCCCUGCAGAUAAAUCGCGUUUUACACUCUUAUUCAGCUCAAAGUAGCUUCACACUUAAUUUCUAGAAUCUGGAGAGCAAUGACAUUUAAAAUGAGGCAUUAAUAACUUAAAAACUAUGCUGGCUUCUACGCUGUGUGGAGUCUAUGUAUGUAGCAUAGGAGUAAUGGCGGCGCUCGGAUCUGAAGCUAGCAUUAUGGGAUGUAAACAGUGUUUUUUAAUAAGCUUCUUGUGAACUUUUUUUUAGUUAUUAAUGCCUCAUUUUGAAUGUCAGGGCUCUCCAGAUUCUAGCAAGGAGGUGUGCAGCUACUUUGAGCUGGAUAACGGUGUAAAAAGGGUUUUUUAUGCUCUGUAUCACCCAGUUGGAAGGGUGUUUGGACACACUGUUAAACUGUUAAAAUUUCUGGAUCUCAAAACGCUGUGGGGGAACAGAGGUGUGCUAUUCAUCAAAGGUAAGUACUUUUUAUUUAUUAUGUUUUACUACACCAAAAGUCCCAAAAAUUUACACCGGCGUUCUCUGCGUUUCUGCACCAUCUCUCACCAUCAUCUGAAGACCAGCAGCAGCAGCUAGGUUGCUGAACUUUUUGGGUUGUCCCAAUUCUUAGGGUGUAAGAUUUCACUUGAAGGGUUAAAACAUUUAAAAACAAGGGGUAGGUUGGGUAAAAAGUGGUAGAACCAAGGGGUGAAAUGGGAUUGGGCCUCUCAUAUGAUCUCACAGCGUAUUUCAGGCAGAUAGAGUCGUCGCGGAGUCGUCUUAGGUCGUCUUUUGUUGGACUGUAGAGUCAUCACUCACUCUCCCAGCGUGUUUACCCUGGUUUAGAAAGACACUCGUGCUUUAUGAUCUCUUAAGUAGAGCUCCAUUAAACGGUUUACUCGUUCGCUCAGCUUCGAUUGUCAUUAUUUACCCGGGCGCUCAGUCGACACGUCUGGGAUUCCCGUGCGUCUCUUCCCUCCACUGCGUUUGAUGGGUCGAGACUGUUUACAGGACGAAACCACCAUAAACAUCUGCUGAAGGAUCGGGCCGGGUUAUGUCUGACUUUAAAAAAUUAGUGUUUUAGUCUGAAUGAAUCUGUGCCAAUCGAUGUUAGUCUUUGCUCUGUAACGUGCCACUGUUAAAUCCUGCCCGUCCGUCAGCAGCCCAGAGUUUCAGUCCAUCAAAUUUCAUCAAAAAUAAAAAAUAAAACGACCCUAGAUCGUUAUAUGUGUUGCUCACUUUACAUUAUAUUGCGUUAUAGAAAAUAGGGUACCACUUUAAAGUAAUACUUUUAUAAAUGGUUUGUAAAUUAGAUUAUUACUUAUUUUUGAUUAUGUUGUAAAUGCCUUAAAAAAAACAUUGGUAAGAAGCUACAACACAUAAAUUGAAACAGCAAAAGUGAUUCAAUACAUACAAAUAAAUUAAUAUGACAGGUUGAUGCUGAUUAUUGGAAAAGAGAGAGGUUUAAAAGUACAUCACUGAUGCCAUUUCUAUGUAUGUGUUAUUAUAUAUUUAUUAACUGUUAAUAAUGGAUUUUAAAGUAUUUGCAACCUAAUAAAUAACUAUAAACCCUUUAUAAAGGAGUCUUAUUUUAAAGUGGUACAGAAAAUAGGCCACUGUAAAAUAAGACUCCUUUAUAGAGGGUUUAUAAAGGUUUAUUAAGAAGUGUAUAAAUGGUUAUAAAUUAGGUUGUAAAUAUUUAAAAAAACAUUAAUAAGCACUUAAUAAACACACAAAUAGAAAGAACAACAGUGACGAUUCUUUUUUUUUUUUACAUAUGUAAUAAAAUAAUAUAUAAAGUAACCGAAAUAUAGUUUAGUCAUUUGAUAUUUGUUAUUAUAGUUAAAUUAAUUAGUUAUUAUAGUUACUAACCAAAAUGUUAAUGAUGACUGAUGGAAAAUACAAAGUAAGAUAAGGAUCUAGAAAGAUCUGAAGUUUAACAGUAUAAACUAAUAUGGAAUUUCUAUUUGUUACAUUGAAUUUCGCAUGGCAUGUGUUCUAACUGCUUAUUAAUGGUUUAUUACCCAAUUAAAAACAUGAAUAAACUCCUUCUUUUUAAACUAUUUAUAUUCCCUUUAUAAGGAAGUCUAAUUUUAAAGUGGUACCAAGUCAAUAAGUCUAAUAAAUAAGUCUAUUAUAAGUCUAAUAAUAGGUGAUAGAGGUCAAACCAAAGACGUGCAACCAACAAAAGUACUUUUCUUUAAAGAGUACUUUACAGUAUUGAAUAGGGCUCGUUUUUUUAUGAUAAGAGUAUGUACAGUAUGAAUGAGAAGGGCUGAGUUAGAAAAAGCAUGGACCUAAUCGAUCUAUCUGACAAUGAAUUGCUUGACUGUUAUCUAAAGAAUUAAUCAAAAAUAAAAUUAAAAAAAACGAAGAAAAAUAUAUGGAUUUAUUAUAUCUGCUUUUCAAGCUGUACGCUUUCAUCAUCAACACCAUUUCUGUUAACUAUAAUAGACAAAAAAGCUAUAAUUACACCAUUACAGUUUUUAAGUGUGUUUUGGCUUUAGCUGUUGUUCAAAGUAAUCAGUCAAUAAACCAAUCAAUCAAUCAGUCAAUCAAUUAACCAAUCAAACGAUGAAUGGAUAAGUCACUGCAUUCCCAUAGUCUCUCUCUCUCUCUCUCUCUCUCUCUCUCUCUCUCUCUUCCUUUCUUUCUUCAAAAUCCCAGUAAACCCAGUAAAAACCCUGCUUGCCUUCUUCCACAGUGUGAGUCCAGCUUUUCUACUGGCUCUCACUGUAUUUUCUACAGCAUGACUAGAGACACAGUCAGGGAGGGCACUCACCCCGCCCACUUUAAUUUAAAUAAAGUAAAAAAAAUCGAGAAAUAUAUAAAAAUAAAAUAGAACUUCAGUUAAAAAGUUUUUUUUUUCUUUCAUUGGUUUGAUUUCAUUUGUUUGAUUGAUUUUCACGUUUAAGAGAAACGUGUACUGCCUUCUCUCCUUUUGUGAAAACGCUGAAGAUUUCUGUAAAAAUAAAAAAAAUAAAAGAAAAAUGAUGAAAACGAAGAUGAUGCUACAGAGAACAGAGAUAAAGGCAUUGUAUUCAUCUUUUUGCCUGUGUAUAUAUAUAAACACUUCAUUAUCA